UACAAUGUGUUCUUUAAUAUGAAUUCUAAUCAUGUUCUCUCUAGAUAGUAUUGUAGGGUUUGCAGGAAGGGCUUUAUGUGUGAGGGAGCUCUAGGUGGCCACAUGAGAGCUCAUGGCAUUGUUGGAGAUGAGAGUGCAUACACGGAGGACGGAGACGACGAUGACGACAACGAGAUAACAGACAACAAGAGGACGACGAUGUACGCGUUGAGGGCAAACCCUAACCAUGGGUCGAAAAAGAGCGCGAUUAGAAUCUGCGAGCAUUGUGGAUGCGAAUUCUUUUGCUGGAAGUCUUUCCUGGAGCACGGGGAAUGCACCCAGAGAGAACGUUAUGGAAGCUUGUCGAAGCGGAAGAGGUCAACGAAAAAAAGAGUGGGUGAUAAUGAGGAAGAAAAAGACGACAUCAUUUUUGCGAGAUGGUUGGUGGAUUUGGCAAAUAAUAGGGUGGAGGAGUCGCCUUUUUCAUCGUCAUCAUGCGCUUCCACUAGUAAGGAGGAGGAGGAGGAAGAGUUCACGGUGGAGACUCCUCGCCUUCGCGGGGAUGGUUUGGUCGUCGUUCCCAAUAAAAACAAGGUGUUUUCUAAGAAGACAAUUUUUGAGUGCAAAACAUGCAACAAAGUGUUCACAUCUCAUCAAGCUUUAGGUGGGCAUAGGGCUAGUCACAAGAAGGUUAAAGGAUGCUAUGCAACCAAAAAAGAAGAAAUUAUUAUGGACAACAACAACAGCCGCAAUAAGAGUGUCAAUUAUAUUAGAGGACACGAGUGUUCUAUAUGUCACAAAGUUUUCCCAACAGGACAAGCCCUUGGAGGGCACAAAAGGUGCCAUUGGAUCACACCCAAUCAUCAUCAUCAUCACAGGAAUCAUCAAACCAUGUUUACGAACCGACUCGUGGAUCAUCAUCGUUUAGACGACACCAUUGAUCUCAACCGAGCUCCUGCAGCUGCGCAAGUUGACGACAAUUCUUAUUAUUAUGGGCAUGCAAAUGAUGUUUCUACAGAGAUUCAUCUGCAACAUUGGCAAUUUGUGAAUAAUAAGAGUGUUGAUGAAGAGAAGAAGAAGAAGGAUCCGGUGUCCUCCAUUAAUGGUGAUGGUGAAACAGAAAAGGAGUUGAAGAAGUUUGCAGAGAUGAGUGGACAAAAUGAUGAAAUGGGUAACUCUAACGAUGAUGUGUUGCACAAGUGGUUACAGGCCUCAGGGGGGAUUCAACUGAUUACUAGGGCCGAAGGAGACUGCUUUGAUGCUGCAGAAACCCAAGAGGAAUCCCACUUGGCCUCAAUUUCAUCAGCAAGGAAGAAAUCAAGUCAAUUGACUAAAAGGGUAGUCUUUGGUCUAGGCAUUGGGGGUACUGCUGGAGGUGUGGUAUUAGCUGGAGGAUGGGUUUUUACACUGGCCCUUUCUGCUGCUGUGUUUGUGGGCGCUAGAGAGUACUUUGAAUUGGUUAGAAGUCACGACAAUGCCGCUGGAAUGACCCCACUGUCCCUAAAUGUGUCGCGGCUUGUCUCUGUGAUGUGCGCCCUUAUGCCAGCACUUACUUUAUACUUGGGACAAACUGAUGUUUCAGUUAUUUCUGCAGCCUUUGUUGUUUCUGUGACAUUGCUUUUGCAAAGGGAAAUCCCUCAUUUCCACCAGCUUACUAGUGCCAUAUUUGGGCUAUUCUAUUGUGGCUAUCUUCCUUGUUUCUGGGUUAAGUUGAGAUGCAGUUUAGCAGUCCCAGCCCUAAACACACGAAUAGCAGAAGCCUGGCCAGCCAUAUUCGGAGGACGAACUCUGUGGACGGUGGGUCUAGUGGCGUCCUUGAUCUCUUUCAGCAGUAUCAUUGCAGCCGACACAUUCGCGUUUUUUGGCGGGAAGGCUUUCGGUAGGACACGACUUACAGAAAUCAGCCCAAAGAAGACUUGGGAGGGGGCAUUAGCAGGGCUGGCUGGCUGUGUAGCCACCACUGUACUUUUGUCAAAGUUACUAUGCUGGCCCAACUCUAUGCUUAGUGGUGUGGCUUUUGGGGUUGUGAACUUUCUUGGAUCAAUUUUCGGCGACCUUACAGAGUCCAUGAUCAAACGCGAUGCUUGUGUAAAAGACUCGGGAUCCCUCAUUCCGGGACACGGUGGAAUACUGGACAGAGUGGACAGCUAUAUAUUCACGGGUGGCCUCGUUUACUCGUUCGUGAAAAUAUGUUUGUCAACCUAUGGUGUUUGAACACAGGGUCAUGCUACACUCAGAGCACAAAUGACACCAAAGUUGACACUGCAAGUGUUUAACGUAAAAUGGUAACAAUGACAUCUCUAAAGUUAUUAAUGUACCAUUUUCUUUUAUCAAAUAAUACUAUUUGCUCUAAAGUUUAGAUACUCCGUAUAUAAGUGCAUAAUUCUUUCAUUAAUGCUUGUAAAAAACGAUAAAUGAAUCAAACCCAAGCUUUUUAGAGACAGUGCUUUUUUGGAAGUGAUAAGAGAAGAACUUAAAAAAGGAUUGGGAAAUUA